CAGCGUUCUCUCGGAGUUCUCUCAGUGUUUGGCGCCAGGUUCUCUCAAUAGCGGUCGGCAUGGCUCAGGCUCGGGUCACGGAUUACUUCUCUCAGACCAAGCGGCCGGCGGGGCACGAUGCGGCCAAGCGGAGGAAGGCGCUGCCGGGGGCGGCGGUGGUGGAGCGGGUGGGGACCCGCACUAAGAAGCCCCGGCUGGAGGAGCUGCUGCAGCCCCCGCGCACCCCGGAGAGAGCCCCCGAGAGAGACUCCGAGACCCCGCGAUGUGUGGGGCCCAGCGGCAAGAAACGGAGCCGGCUGGACUCAGAGCCAGAAACCGGCCACACCGAGAGGAAAUCAGCCAGGAAGAAACUGCGACUGCCCCAGGAGGGGGAGACAACGCCUUGCAGCCCAUGUUCCAAAGUGGAUUUGCAAUGUUUAACUCCGCCAUCCCUGGGAAAGAAAAUAAAAGAUUUGGUCAAUGUGAGGAUUUCUCCAAACAAUGGAUUGACAAGUAAACCGGACACACCUGAAGCCAAGGCACAAUCAAAGGAGAGUAUUGUGGAAUUAAAAUCUCGCCUGCAGAGGAUUCAGGAAUUGACUCAAAAAGUUAAGCUUCCCCCUGCACCUUCAGAAGGAAAAGUUACACUCGCUGACCUUAAAGCUAGACUAAAGCGUGCUCAGGAUCUCGAGUCAAAGAUCAGGGAGAAGAAAGCAGAGGAGAAAUUAGAGAUUCCGGCCCCUGAUCUGACAGAGCGGACUACAAAGGAAAGUGAAAAGGCUCCAGCAUACCAGCGUUUCCAUAACCUUGCCCAAGACAUUCCUCCUGGUCUUUCUCUUCCUUACAAGUACAAAGUCCUGGGAGAGAUGUUCCGCAGCAUGGACACAAUUGUGAGCAUGCUUUUCAACCGUUCGGAGACUGUCACUUUCUCCAAAGUCAAGCAAGGUGUCCAAGACAUGAUGAGAAAGCAAUUUGAGGAGCACAAUGUGGGUCAAAUAAAGACUGUGUACCCAAAUGGAUACACCUUCAGACAGGAGAAAAACAUCCCGACGUUUAAGAAUGGGAUGAAAAAGACAGACUUUCAGCUUACUAUGGAACCUAUUCUUGAAGAUGGGGAUAAAGUGGAUGGAUGCCUCCAGCUCACAGCAUCGCGCUUGCUACAACGCAGGUGUCUGUUUAACAGAAAUCUGAUUAGUAUAGUCAAGAAGCAUCACAAGUUGUUCCUGGAAACUUUGGAUCCCCCACUGUUGGUGCCAGAUGACAAGCUGUCCCGUUGGCAUCCACGUUUUAAAGUUGAUGAGGUGCCAGAGAUCGAAGCAGCUGAACUUCCAUUGCCUCCGCAGACAGAGAAACUUUCAACCGCUCAAGAUGUGUUGUCUAGGGCACGAGGAGUGAUGACACCAAAGAUGGAAAAGGCUUUGGCUAACCUGGCGUUGCGAACCACGGACACUAGUAGUGCAGAAACUAAAACUGUACCUCCAGUGGAGAAUAAACCAAAUACUACAUCAAGUGCUCUCAAAGGAGUGUCCCAGUCCCUGCUUGAGAGGAUUCGGGCCAAAGAGGCGCAGAAGCUGCAAGCUGUGAUGACUCGUCGUCCCCAGCAAGAAGAGAAACUCCUCAUGAUGUCCAGAAUGCCAGAGCUGGCACGCAUCCUGCGCAAUGUGUUUGUGGCAGAAAAAAAGCCUGCGCUGACGGUUGAGGUAGCUUGCAACAGAGUUAUAUCCAGUUACCACUCAUCAAUGUCUUCAGGAGAAAUGGAGAAACAUCUUGCAUUUUUAUCAGAACUUCUUCCUGAUUGGCUAAGCAUUCAUCCAGUACGAAAGGACACCUACUAUAAACUAAAUAAACAUACAGACCUUAAUCUAAUCAUGGAACGUCUGGCCAAGGCCGUGAAAGAAGAAGAAUUAAAGUGAACAUACUGGUAUCCCCCUCUCAAUCGGAGUGCUUGCUUUCUCCCAUCUACAAGCAACUAUUUUUACUGAAAGACUCUGUACCACAGACAUUUGAUUCUACAAUUCAUCCCCCUACUUUCCGUGAUCAUAAUUCUGUUGAACUAAAGUGAACUUCUUCUUAGCCUGAAAGGCAAAUUUGGACUGCAGUUUUGUGCAAAUUGCAUCAAAUCAUGAUUUUAAUAUAUAUAUUUUUUGCAUUUUUCUUAUACCAAUACUAGGAUUAAGAGGGAAAAAAUCCAAACUUUAUUGGGAAUUCACAAUGGUUCCCGUCAACGUAGUCCCACUCAUAAGAAACUUAAACAUUUUUGAGGGUUUGCAAUAUGAUAAAUCAGUGUCUU